AGGAGCAGAUUCCUGGAGAAUGUGGUAGCCUGGCCAGGAUGUCAGGAGGACAUAGAACAGGCCCUCCCUACUCUCAUCCUCAGCCGGGCCUUGGGCCCAGUCUCCCGGCAGGCCGGGCCUAAUUCUGUGCCUCUGACUCAGCCUCAGGUGCGCAGCGGCCAUGAACAGUUUAGGCUGGCCCCCCGGGGGCCGUGCCCUGGGGCUCGAAAUAGCUCAUUUUGAUCCUGCUACCUCGGCCAGGAGCCCAGACCUGGCAACUGAUGCAACCAGCUGCUGCUGCGGCAAGAAGGAAGUGGUUAGAUGACAAUCGGGAUGAACUGAUUGGCCCAACUGAUGGAGGAAUGGCGAUUAGAGAGGGAGAAGAGUCCCCGCGUUGCCUCUGCAACUGAAAGAACGGUAAUUAGACCGGAGUCGGGACAGAACUUCUGCAGCAAGGUUUUAAAAAGCCGCACUUUUAGGCGAAGAUACUUUAGAUCACCUCCUAACUGCAAGCCCAUCCUCAAAUCCUUCCCAUUGGUGCACGGUCUUGCCAAUUACUGCUACACGCUGCAGGUUCUCCAAUCAAACGCGCUCUGUUUCAGGCAGGCAGGUGUUUCAACCAAUCGUGAGACACCUUCCGGCUACUCUUAUUUCCUCUCUUUCAUUGGUGGCCUUGGAGGCCUCUCGCUUCCUGCGCGGGCACUAAGAAGGGCGGGCUGAUAGGGCGUUGCUAAGCGACGGAGAUGCCAACGGGGCUUGUUUCGUAAAGGAGCAGAGCAGGAGGGAGUGCGGUGGGAGCCGCGGGAUGGACCGCAGCCUGCCAGUUUUCUCCAUUCAAAAGAAUCCCUUUGGAGGUGCGCUCUUGGGUGGAAGCCACUAUUGGCCAUCCCGGAGUCAGACCUCGUGUCCUAAGACCCUGAGCCCAUCCAGGUCUCAGAGAUCCAGGCUCCCACAAGCUCCCAAGGCUCCAGCCACAGGUCCCAACUCCCCUGAGCUGUCUGAAGAGUCCUGGACAUCCAGUUCAGGGACUCCUUCCCCACCCAGUACCACUGAGGGACAGAUGGGGGCUUCCCCAUCACCCACCCUAAUUGACAGUGGGGACUCCGUGGUGGCCAAGUAUAUAAACAGGUUCCGCCAGGCUCAUCCCACCAGCCGAGAGGAGCGCCAGCCUGCAGGCCCAACAGCAGCUGACUUUUGGUGGCUGCGUCCUGACUCUCCAGACCCCAGCAGUCAAAAUGCAGCAGCAGGAGCCAACAAACCACAAAGAAGACCUCAUACAGCUGUCCCUACUGCGGCCAAGGUGACCAGUGCAUCCCAGGCUGUGGCUCCCCUUCAGGAAAUAAAGCAGAACCUCAACACAUGGAACUCAUCUCUGCUGGACCUGGAGACACUGAGCCUACAGAGCAGAGCUGCCAGGCUGCUCAAACGCAGCAAAGCCUCCACAUCCUCCUCCUCCUCCCUCAGCCGCAGCGAUGCCAGGACUUCCUCAUUCCCCACCAGCUCCAACGAACUCUCUCCCUUCUCAGAGACCUUCAUCCCUGACUCAAGCAAGGGCCCUGGCCCCAGGGCACCUGCAUCCCCGGCACCAGCCCAGGCCCAGACCCCCACCCCUGCUCCAGCCCCAGCCUCCUCCCAAGCACCCCUUCGGCCAGAGGAUGACAUUUUGUACCAGUGGCGGCAGCGGCGGAAGCUUGAACAGGCUCGGGGAAGCAAGGGUGGUGGAGCCUGGGUGCUGCCUGGGACCCCUGCCCUCCAGACUCUGACCUCUCCUACUCCAGUGGAGACCCUCGGUGCUCUGGGAAACCAGCCUAACCACAUCCCACCAUGGAGCAGUGUGGCCCAGCCUGGUCCACCCGAGGUCUUCUAUGUGGAGAGGCCUCCCUUUCCCUCUGUGUCCUCUCCACAUAUCUUUUGGGCCCCUAGCCCCCACGGGUUCUGGGCCCCACAAUCUGGGCCUUGGGUAUCCCUCGGGGCUGUUCCUCCCAUGCAUCUGGCCUCCACCCUAGCGCCUCUGGCCUCCACCCUCCCACCCCUGGACUCUACCCACCAAUCCCCAGCCUCUACCCCAGCACCUCCAACCUCCACCCUCACACCCCCAGCUGGCCCCCAAGGCUUUCCUAUCCCUGAGCCAAGCAGCUCCGCCCAGCCUAACAGCCAGGGGCCCAAGUCUAGGAGGAGCAGAGCCCUUCCCCAAGAGGCUGCCCAGCCCGUCACUGAAGCUGGCCAGGGGCCUGGCCCUCAGCUCAGGGGUGUCCUGGGCCAGGUAGUGGCAGCUCGGCUGUUCCCUGACAGCCUGGAGGACCCGCCUUCUCACCUCAAGGGCCCACCUCCACCCAAGGCUGGAUCUCCAAAAGUCAAGACCACACAACCUCAAACCAAGGUCACUCCCCCUCCAUCUGAAUCCCAGCCUCAGGCCAAGGCCAUGCCACCCGCAGCAGGGUCAGUGAUCUGGAAGGCCGAAGCCACUCCAUCCCUUGGUGCGUGCCCACAGCCCGAGGUCCCACCCACUCCAGCAGAGCUGACAUCCACAGUCAAGGACACACCGCCUGCCUUCCAGGCUGGGUCUCCGGAGGCCCUGGCCCUGCCCCCGCCCGCUGCUCACCAUCCCCGCUCAGAGGCCCUGCUCGACCAGGCAGCCCGGCUGCUGGAGGCUGCAGAAGACUCUGAUGGCAGCGAGUUCCAGGACGAUCCUGUGCUCCAGGUGCUAAGAGCCCAGAGAGCAGAGCUGAGUCGGCAGAAAAGGGAAGCAGACGCCCUAUUAUCGUUCCUGUUGGACCAGGCCAAAGACCCGGGAUCUCGGUCCCCUCCAGCCAGGUUGCCCCCAAGGUCCCCAAGGAGGGUGCUACAAAGGGAAGGAGCUUCCCUGGAUGCCAAACGACUUUGAAUUGUACAGAUUCUAGAUUCUAUUUUACCCAGUGAGGUCUUUUUUGUUUGUUUGUUACUGGUUAUCUGUGAGAAAGUGUUUGUUUUAGAAAGGCCAAGGGGUUGUGCCAAUUUAAGGAAAUGCCCCCUGCCCUCCGCUGCCCCGUGGCUCUGUCCUUUCCCACCCCUACUCUCUUUCUUGACCACAGAAACAAGAUCUCCCUCCUGGUUUUAUCGUCCUUGGGGGAGAGGUUUCAGGCAAGACUUCGGGCAAGCCUGGGACCCACCUUAUCUGACGUCACUCAGGAUUCCUGGCUCAAAUAGGACCACAGGACUGUUCUCUGGGAAAGAAACUACAGGCUCAUCGGAGUGUUGGAUGAUGGUCCGUCCGCAGCCAUCAUCCAGCUUGAGCAGCAGCCGCAUCUCGUGCAGCUCACCCCUCCCUCCUUGAAGCACUUUCUCUCCUGCUUCCAGAACUUGAGCGUGUCAGCUCUGCCAUGACCCAGAGCCACAGCGCUGACUUCUGUCUAUGCCCACCCAGAGUCUCCUGCCUAGCUUCAUGACUCCAAACCCCAUCUCCAUUCUGAUGGUCCCCAGAUUUCUAUCUGUAACCUACACCUGGCCAUAGAAUCUUGGGCUCCUAGCUCAUUACCAUUUCUACCCAAGGGCUUGAAAAACAUCUCCAAUUCCAUAGGUCCUAAAUGGAGUCAGUCUUUCCCCCUGAGCAUGCCCCUCCCAACUUUCUUCAGCUCUGUCCUUUGCCAUUAGAGUUGCCUUUGGCUUCUGUCUUUCCCUUUCACCCACAGUUAACCUGCAAAUCCUGCCAUCUCCAACUUUAUCUUGUUUUAUUUUGAGACAGAGUUCCACUCAUGUUGCCCGGGCUGGAGUGCAGUGGCGCAAUCUUGGCUCACUUCAACCUCCACCUCCCGGGUUCAAGGGAGUCUCCUGCCUCAGCCUUCCAAGUACCUCGGAUUACAGGCACCCACCACCACGCCUGGCUAAUUUUUUUUUUUUUUUUUGAGAGGAAGUCUUGCUCUGUCACCCAGGCUGGAGUGCAGUGGCUCGAUCUCAGCUUACAGCAACCUCUGCCUCCCAGGUUGAAGCUCUUCUGCCUCAGUCGAAAGGGAGAAGCAGUUGAAUUCUGGAUAGAUUUUAAAGGUGGAGGCCAGGCAUGGUGGCUCACACCUGUAAUCCCAGCACUUUGAAAGGCUGAGGCUGGUGGAUCACCUGAGGUCAGGAGUUGGAGACCAGCCUGGCCAACGUGGUAAAACCCUGUUUCUACUAAAAAUACAAAACAAAAACAAAUGCUGGGCAGGGUGGCUCAUGCCUGUAAUCCCAGUACUUUGGGAGGCUGAGGUGGGCAGAUUACUUGAGGUCAGGAGUUUAAGACCAGCCUGGCCAACAUGGUGAAACCCUGUCUCUACUAAAAAUACAAAAAUUAACUGGGCAUGAUGGUAGGUGCCUGUAAUCCCAGCUACUCAGGAGGCUGAGGCAGGAGACUCUCUUGAACUCAGGAGGCAGAGGUUGCAGUGAGCUGAGAUUGCACCACUGCACUCCAGCCUAGGUGACAGAGUGAGACUCCACCUAAAAAAAAAAAUUAAUUUCUCUCUCUCUCUCUCUCUCUGUCUGUCUCUGACACUUGCUUUAGAGGCCACAUUUAAAAAACUGGUUGCCAUGCUGGGGAGAGGUUUGGGUUACACAGGUAUAUGCACUUAUCAAACUUAGUGAAGUGUGUGAAUUUCAUUGUAUGUAAAGUUUACCUCAAAAGAAAAUAUUGAACUCCAGUUAAAGAUAACACCUGUAAUCCCACUUCUUUGGGAGGCUGAGGCAGGAGGAUCACUUAAGGACAGGAGAACACCCUGGGCAACACAGCAAGACCCCAUCUCUACAAAAAUAAAUAAGUAAAUAAAUAGGUUUUGGAGGCGUGCUGAGGUGAGAGGUUUACUUGAGCCCAGGAGUUAAAGCUGCAUUGUACUGAGCUAAGAUUAGGCCACUGCACCCCAGCCUGAGCUACAGAACUACACCCUUUCUUUAAAAAAAGAAAAGUAUGUACACUAAAAUAUUUAGGGAGCAAUGUACCAAUGUCUGCAAUGUAUGUUGAAAUGUAUCCAUAGAUGAGUUAGGUUGAUAGAUAAAUAGGGUAAUAGGAAGGUAUAAGAUAAUGCAAGUAUAGCAAAGUGUUCAGGCAGGACCUAAGUAGUGGAUGUGGGGGUGUCCACUGUAAAACCUUUCAACUUCGCUGUAUGUUAGAAACGUUUCAUAAUAAAAUGACAGGGAAUAUA